GGCCGUCAUGACUCUCCGCCACCGUCCCGCGUACGAGGAGGAGGAUGCCUCGGCUUUGAGGCUCGGUCCUGAGUUCAACAACGCUGGUUGUCUACUCAUCUCCGAGGUCCGCUAUCUUCUUGAACACAGGCCAUCCGAGAAGGCUGCUCCGGAUACUGCUGUGUACAACAAGACGCUCGAGUACGUGAAGACUUUCGCGAAGUUCGACAAGCCGGAGGCUGCGGCAGCUAUUCGAGAGACGCUACGGCGGGAAUCUGCACUGACCCAGUUCGAGAUUGCCCAGAUAGCCAACCUAUGUCCCGUGACUGCCGAGGAGGCAAAGAGCAUCGUUCCAAGUCUCGUCAAGAUUGACGACGACAAGCUUCAGCCUCUCCUUGAUGAGAUCCAGACGAUGCGGAAGUUCCAGUCAUAAGAUUAUCUCUCCAACCGGAUGUAUCAAUCUGCACCAGUCUUGCGAGCUAUGGUUCUGGAUUCCUGAAUACGGCCUCACUAGUUCCGUCCAUCGCUCGGUCCUUCUGCGUGAAUCUAGUGGUCAUAUAGACUGUCACCAUGUACAUAUUACACCAAUUCCCUUUCUAUGACAUCUGCACGAGUCUUCGACUGUGCGAGAACAUUCACAUCGAGAUCCACCUACCUCAUGCUUAUUCGGACUUCAACCAAGAGCACGUUCUGAGACUUUGUAGCCUCGUUUUGCCGAAGUUUCGUGUGCACAAUAGAUAUAU